AUGAUGGUGUGGUCAGAGGACCAGAGUCGAAGUUUCAAGAAGGAGGCCCACAAAAAUGUGCCAGAGGAGCUUCGAGAACCAUUUUACACAGAUCAGUAUGACCAGGAACACAUCAAACCGCCCGUGGUUAAUUUGCUUCUGUCGGCUGAACUGUACUGUCGUGCUGGGAGUCUCAUUCUCAAGAGCGAUGCUGCAAAACCCCUCCUGGGCCAUGAUGCUGUGAUCCAGGCGUUAGCACAGAAGGGUCUUUAUGUCACUGACCAAGAAAAACUGGUAACUGAACGAGAUCUGCACAAGAAACCCAUACAGAUGAGUGCUCAUUUGGCCAUGAUAGACACCCUAAUGAUGGCUUAUACCGUAGAAAUGGUCAGUAUAGAGAAAGUAAUUGCGUGUGCUCAACAGUACUCAGCCUUUUUUCAAGCCACGGAUCUGCCCUAUGAUAUUGAGGAUGCCGUCAUGUACUGGAUAAAUAAGGUAAACGAACAUCUGAAAGACAUUAUGGAACAAGAACAGAAAUUGAAAGAACACCACACAGUCGAAGCUCCAGGAGGUCAAAAGUCUCCUUCCAAAUGGUUUUGGAAACUGGUUCCAGCUCGUUAUAGGAAGGAGCAAACAUUGCUCAAGCAAUUGCCGUGCAUCCCAUUGGUAGAAAAUUUGUUGAAAGACGGUACAGAUGGCUGUGCUUUAGCUGCUCUUAUUCAUUUUUACUGUCCUGGAGUGGUCCGAUUAGAGGACAUUUGUUUGAAAGAAACCAUGUCUUUGGCUGAUAGCCUGUAUAACCUGCAGCUGAUUCAAGAGUUUUGCCAAGAAUAUUUGAACCAGUGUUGCCAUUUCACCCUGGAGGACAUGCUGUAUGCUGCUUCGUCCAUAAAGAGUAAUUAUUUGGUGUUCAUGGCAGAACUCUUCUGGUGGUUUGAAGUUGUGAAGCCGUCGUUCGUGCAGCCUCGUGUUGUCCGUCCACAAGGAGCUGAACCUGAGGAUGAAAUGCCUUCGGUUCCUGUCCUGAAUGCUGCCAAGGCAAACCUCGCGGACGGUUCCUGUAGCUCUGGCCUCACUUCAAGCGGGGAAGGAGCCGCAUUUACACACUCUCAUCAUCAUUUGCCUUCUAGACAUUCACACCCCCAAGCUCAUUCUUCAGCCUCAGGAGGAAUUAGAAGGUCUUCAUCUAUGUCCUAUGUUGAUGGUUUCAUAGGGACAUGGCCCAAAGAGAAAAGAUCAUCAGUUCAUGGAGUUUCGUUUGAUAUUUCUUUUGAUAAAGAAAAUACCGUACACAGAUCCACUCCAAAUCGAGGAAUCACUCGUUCUAUUAGUAAUGAAGGACUUACUCUGAACAAUAAUCGUGUAUCUAAAAAUAUUAGGAAAAACUUGUCCUUCAAGCCGGUAAAUGGAGAAGAGGAAGAAGAAAGCAUUGAAGAAGAACUUAAUAUAGACCCUCACAGUGACCUCAAAUCUUACAUGCCCCUUAAUACAAAUGAACUGAAUUCUAAUGAGAAUAUUCAUUACAAGCUUCCAAACGGAGCUUUACAAAAUAGAGUACUUCUAGAUGAGUUUGGCAAUCCGAUUGAGACACCAAGCAUUGAAGAAGCUUUACAAAUAAUUCAUGAUACUGAAAAAUCUCCCCGCACAUCUCAUCCAGACCAGAUUGCUAAUGGCUUCUUUCUUCAUAACCAGGAAAUGAGUAUCCUAAACUCAAACAUCAAGCUAAAUCAGUCCAGUCCUGAUAACAUAACUGAUACAAAAGGUGCCUUGAGUCCCAUAACUGACAAUACUGAAGUAGACACUGGAAUUCACGUUCCUUCAGAAGACAUCCCUGAAACUAUGGAUGAAGAUUCUUCUUUGAGAGAUUAUACUGUAAGCUUAGACUCUGACAUGGACGACGCAUCUAAAUUUCUUCAGGAUUAUGAUAUUCGAACCUGCAACCCCAGAGAAGCUUUGAGUCCUUGUCCGAGUACCGUAAGUACGAAGUCUCAGCCAGGCAGCAGUGCUUCUUCUAGUUCUGGAGUUAAAAUGACCAGCUUUGCUGAACAGAAAUUCAGGAAACUGAAUCAUACCGAUGGAAAAAGUAGUGGAAGCAGUUCUCAGAAAACGACACCAGAGGGCUCUGAACUUAAUAUCCCUCACGUGGUUGCUUGGGGACAAAUUCCAGAAGAAACAGGCCUUCCACAAGGACGGGACACUACCCAGCUACUGGCCUCUGAAAUGGUUCAUCUCAGGAUGAAACUUGAAGAAAAGAGACGUGCUAUAGAAGCCCAGAAGAAGAAAAUGGAAGCCGCUUUUACUAAACAGAGGCAGAAAAUGGGAAGGACGGCAUUUCUCACUGUAGUGAAAAAGAAAGGGGAAGGGAUUUCCCCUCUUCGAGAGGAAGCAGCCGGUGCGGAAGAUGAGAAGGUAUAUACUGAUCGAGCAAAAGAAAAGGAUUUGCAAAAGGCGAAUGGACAGAGGAGUAAGUCUCUGGCAGAUAUAAAAGAAAGCAUGGAGAAUCCUCAGGCCAAAUGGCUGAAGUCUCCAACCACACCUGUGGAUCCAGAGAAGCAGUGGAACCUGGCAAGCCCCUCCGAGGAAACCUUAAAUGAAGGAGAGAUCUUAGAAUAUACAAAGUCCAUUGAAAAGUUAAAUUCGUCCCUGCAUUUCCUACAACAAGAGAUGCAGCGCUUGUCCCUUCAGCAGGAGAUGUUAAUGCAGAUGAGGGAGCAGCAGUCCUGGGUGAUUUCACCUCCUCAGCCGUCUCCACAAAAACAGAUUCGGGAUUUUAAACCUUCCAGGCAGGCAGGCCUGUCGCCAACCAUCGCACCCUUUUCGUCAGACUCCCCCCGUCCUACCCAUCCAUCUCCACAGUCUUCCAAUAGGAAGAGCACAUCUUUUUCUGUUAAGAAUCAAAGGACUCCCAGGCCAAAUGAAUUAAAAAUAACACCUUUGAAUCGAACACUGACGCCCCCUCGGUCUGUGGAUAGUCUUCCUCGGUUACGGAGGUUUUCACCAAGUCAAGUUCCUAUUCAGACUAGGUCAUUUGUGUGUUUUGGGGAUGAUGGAGAACCUCAGCUAAAGGAACCUAAGCCUAAGGAGGACGUUAAAAAGGAGGAACUGGAACCCAGAGGGACUUUGGGAGAGCACGUACAGAACCCAGAAGAGAAGAUGAUGAAGCCUCUUGAGUCCACAGUUUCUGAAGUCCUGUCGCAGCCUAUCACAGAGACCGUACGUCUGACGCCAAAUGAGGACCAGCUGAGCCAGCCCUCAGAGCCGCCUCCUAAACCUGUUUUCCCACCUGCUGCUCCUAAAAAUGUUAAUCUGAUUGAAGUUUCCCUCUCAGAUCUGAAACCUCCUGAAAAGGCUGAUGUAUCUGUUGAAAAGUAUGAUGGAGAAAGUGAUAAGGAACAGUUUGAUGAUGACCAGAAAGUAUGCUGUGGAUUCUUUUUUAAGGAUGACCAAAAAGCAGAAAACGAUAUGGCAAUGAAACGGGCAGCUUUGUUGGAGAAGCGACUACGGAGGGAGAAGGAGACUCAGCUUCGGAAGCAGCAGCUGGAAGCGGAAAUGGAGCAUAAGAAAGAAGAGACGAGGCGUAAAACUGAGGAAGAGCGCCAGAGGAAGGAAGACGAGAGAGCGCGCAGGGAGUUUAUCAGACAAGAGUACAUGAGGCGGAAACAGCUGAAGCUAAUGGAAGACAUGGAUACAGUGAUUAAACCCCGUCCUCAAAUAGCAAAACAAAAAAAACAGCGCCCCAAAUCUAUUCACAGAGACCAUAUCGAAUCUCCCAAAACACCAAUUAAAGGUCCUCCAGGAUCACGAAUUUAUCGUGUUUUUUCAGUCUCUAGCCUUUCUUUGGCAUCACUGAACACAGGUGAUAACGAGAGUGUGCAUUCAGGCAAGAGAACACCAAGAUCUGAGUCUGUAGAAGGCUUCUUGUCUCCAAGUCGUUGUGGCAGUCGAAAUGGGGAAAAGGACUGGGAAAAUGCAUCAACAACUUCUUCAGUGGCUUCUGGAACAGAAUACACAGGACCAAAGCUCUACAAAGAACCCAGUGCAAAAUCCAAUAAGCACAUCAUACAAAAUGCUUUAGCUCAUUGCUGUUUGGCUGGAAAAGUAAAUGAAGGUCAGAAGAAAAAAAUACUGGAGGAAAUGGAGAAGUCAGAUGCCAACAACUUUUUAAUCUUGUUCCGGGAUUCAGGCUGCCAAUUCAGCUCCUCAUACUUGGCCCCUGCCCAGAUUAUGGCUCAGCUCUCCUCCAUGCCCUGCGCAUCCCUGCUAGUCUCCAUCCAAGAAGACCUUCAAUACCAGCUCCACCGGCACCUCUGCACGGAUCACCGCCUCCCAGGAGCUCCUGGUGGCCGCGCUCAUGCGUCCAGCCUCCAUCUUGGCCUUCCAGCUGGAAGUUCCACUGUCCUCAACUUAACCUCACAAAACCAGUAUCAGCCUCCCAGUAAAACCAAUGCCUUCCUGCCACAGAUCAAGCCACCACGGCCGAAACCUUUCACUUCUUCUCUUACUCCCUCCUCUUCCCCACAUGGAAGGCACCUCAUGCCUGGACAACCACCAAAUCCUGUCCAUCUUCACACUUGUAAUCUAUUCUUCGCCUUCACUGCCACCAGUCACGUGUCCAGGCACUUAAACUCCCCAAGAGCAUCCAAGAAGUCCUUCCCUAAUUCCACUGCUCCCCACAGAGUCCUGCCAACUGGUACUCCAUUUUCCUAAAACACUGCUGCUACCUUGUCUGGCCCACUGUCAAAAACCCACUGGGCCUGGUCAUCGCGGUAUAAACCUCAGACUCCUGAGAGCAGCAUUUAAAGCCCUCACAGGCUUGCCCCCCUUGGCUUUUUAGCAACAUCAGAGCAUCUGAUAGUCAAAUACCCAAUAGGCAUAUCAAAACUCAGAAAAAAAAUGACAUUUCACAUUUCAAGAUAACUCAUCAAAGUAAUCAUGAGAAAUAUGACGGUUGGGAUGAGAGAGGAAGGGGCUGGGCUGUUGUGAUUUGUAACCUUUCGGCACUUAGGACCACUAAAGGUCUCACCCCUGUUUUCAUGUUGCUCCUUCCUGAACACAGACCUCUUCAGCGAGGCUGACCUGCUUUGACUUGGAAAUAAGUCAGAGUAUCAGUUGGCCUCAUGUCAAAGGUAUGUGUAUAUAAUAGUUCAUUUUCUCUACUAUGUGAACUGCUUGAAAGGAAGCACCAUGUCAUUAUUUUCUUUGUGUCCAUAAUGUUAUCUGACAGAGUGCUUGGGGCGCCUUGUUGGCUCAGUCAGUGAAGUGACUGACUCUUGAUUUUGGCCCAGGUCAUGGUCUGGCAGU